AUGACAACGCCCCUGAAAUUCCUGGUUAUUGCCUUUGCCGUUCUGGCCUGCGCCUAUGGCGAUGUCUCCCAUUUGGGUUACGACUACGCUCCUCCGGCCCCAGCUCCGGUCUACCAGCCAGCUCCUGCUCCGGUCUACCAGCCUGCUCCAGCACCAGUUGUGAUCCCUGCUCCUGCUCCCGCUCCAGUGGUGAUCCCUGCUCCUGCUCCCGCUCCAGUGGUGAUCCCAGCUCCAGCUCCCGUGAGGACCUACGUCCCACCCGCACCCAUCAGCAUCCCAGCCCCAGCUCCCGCUCCCAUCAGGAUCCCAGCCCCUGUCUACCAGCCAGCUCCUGCUCCUGCUCCCAUCAGCAUCCCAGCUCCGGCUCCAAUCCAGAUCUCCGCUCCCGCCCCAGUGAACACCUACAUUCCCCCCGCACCUGCACCAGCUCCGGUUUACCAGCCAGCCCCUGCUCCCAUUCCCGUGAGCAUCCCGGCCCCAGCUCCCGUUUACCAGCCUGCUCCUGCUCCAGUUGUGAUCCCUGCGCCUGCUCCAGCUCCAGUUGUGAUCCCCGCUCCUGCUCCAGUUGUGAUCCCAGCUCCAGCUCCCGUGAGGACCUAUGUCCCACCUGCACCAAUCAGCAUCCCAGCUCCGGCUCCCGUUUACCAGCCAGCUCCCAUCAGCAUCCCAGCUCCCGCUCCCGUCUACCAGCCAGCCAACACUCAGGUUCUGGAGGAGAUCGAGCCCGCUUCCAAUGAUGGAUACCGCUACAAGACCGUGCGUCGUCGCGUCUACCGUCACCGCUUCUAA